AUGCAUGGUUCACCGCCACCUGCUGACAGUUCAAAUGUUGCUGGACACGUACGACAUUCGCUUGGAGGGUUUGGUGGGGAUGGGGAUAAUGGGGGCGAAAGGGAUGGUGAUGGCGGGGGUGGCGAAGGUGGUGGAGGUAGGGAUGGUGGUGGAGGUGAUGGGGUCGGAGGCGGUGGAGGGGAUGGAGGGGGAGGCGACGAGGGUGGUGACGGGGGUGGAGGUGAUGGAAGUGCAGGGGGGGGGGGGGGAGAUGGUGGUGGGGGUGGAGGAGACAUAUUUUUGCAGCAACAUUCACACUCCACGGUAGGAGAACCUUUGGCUUUAAAUUUUCCGCAGUUUUGA